AUGCAUUCCUCUGACUUGAUUGCCAACAUUGCAGUUUCAGGCAUUGCAGUUGCAGGGUGGUCAGUUGUGCAUUCCUCUGACUUGAUUGCCAACCUUGCAGUUGCAGGUUGGCCAAUUACAGCAGCAGCAUGUGGUGCCAUUAUACCCAAAGGAGCACCAAGGCACUACAUUGCAACUAUCAACAUUGGCAAGCCUGGUAGGUGGUACAUUCAUACUGAUAAGAUUAUUGCUGCAGCAUGCCCAAGUGUGCUGACCAGUGUCCCAGACCCACAAGUGAUAUGGUGCUCUGUGUCUGAUGUGCGACACAGCUGCUCUGAUCCUCCUCCUGUCCUAGCCAUUGCUCACUCAUGGAUGAACACAGGAAUUGCAAAGCCACAAGCCUCCCCCAACACUGCAUCAAGUAUGCUUACCACACUGGAGGGAUUAGUAGCAUUGAUUAUCCAGAAGCAAGGCUUCAAAUCUUGGGUGCCUGGACAUUGCAGCAGUCCUGAUAUUCAUGUACCAUCAGCAUGGCAAGUCCCUUGUGACAUGGCUCAGAUCCAUCUGGGAGAGUGCAAUGUUUUGAGCCAAGUACAACAGCAACAGCAUGCCCUCUACCAUGCACAACAAGAUCAUUGGAUGAACCAAGUGUAUCAGCCUCCUCCCUCUGAAACAAUAUCCUUAGAGAUUUCAGCCUUGCAUGAGGGUGGUCCUCAAAAAGGUCAUAUGCAUGCUACUCCAUUUGGGGUAGAAUGA